ACAGUGGGCACCUCCAGCCUUCCUCCCCGGCUCCAUGAGGCUCCUCUGGGGCCUGCUGUGGGCCUUGGGCCUCCUGGCCCUGAGCCAGCAGGAGCCAAGGCUGCUGCUGCUGGCUCCCAGGGUGGUCCACCUGGGCGCACCGCUGUCCGUGUCGGUGCAGCUGCAGGGCCUGGCCCCCGGCCAGCGGGUCUCGGGCACCGUCUACCUCAGGAACCCCAACGACGUCCACGUCCCCUGCUCCCCCGAGGUCCCCUUCCACAUGGACGCCGACAAAGACUUCCUGCUGCUCCAAGUGAAGGUGCCGGCGUUGCAGGCCUCGGCCUGCGGCCUGACGAAGCUCCGCGGGGCCCCGCGCAUGCAGCUGAUAGUGAAGUCUCCAUGGCUGCGGGAGAGCGGCGGGAGCACCGACACCCGGGGCCUCCACCUGCUCUUCUCCUCCCGCCGGGGCUUCCUCUUCCUGCAGACCGACCAGCCCGUCUACAACCCCGGGCAGCGCGUUCGUUUCAGGGUCUUUGCGCUGGAUCACACGAUGCGCCCAUCCUUGGAUCCCGUCACGAUCACCGUCCAAAACGCCCUGGGGCUUCAAGUGCGGCGGAAGGAGAUGUUCUCCCCAAAGUCCAUCCUACAGGAUGACCUGCUGAUCCCCGAUAUCUCCGAGCCCGGAACCUGGAAAAUCUCAGCCCACUUCUCCAACGCCCCGGACUCGAACCGCAGCGUGGAGUUUGAGGUGAAGAAAUAUGUUCUCCCCAACUUUGAGGUGAAGAUCACCCCCGAGCAGUCCCACAUCCUGGUCACCCCCAAUGACAUCAGCGACGUGACUUUGGAGAUCGAGGCCAAGUACGUGUACGGGCGGCCGGUGCAGGGCGUGGCCUACGUGCGCUUUGGGAUCCUGCCCGAGGGCGGCCAGAAGUCCUACCUCCGCGGCCUGGAGAAGCAGCUCAAGCUGGAGGAGGGCAAGUGCUCUGUGCUGCUAGCGGGGGCCAACCUGUCCGCCGCUCGGGAGAAAUUCUCCAGCGCCGCCCUCCUUGACUCUCGCCUCUACGUGGCCGCCUCCGUCAUCGAGUCCCCCGGAGGGGAGCUGGAAGAAGCCGAGUUAACCUCCCUGCGCUUCGUGUCGUCCCCGUGGUCCCUGGACCUCGGCGCCACCAAGAGACACCUCGUGCCCGGGACUGCCUUCCUGCUGCAGGCCCUGGUCCGCGAUGUGUCCGGCUCCCCGGCCCCCGGCAUCCCCGUCCACGUCUCCGCCCAGUUCACCCCGCGGGGGUCCCCCGCCGCCGCCGCCGCCCCCCAGCUCCUCACCGACGCCAAGGGCAGAGUCACCAUCCCCAUCAACACCCCCCGCAACGUCCAGGAGCUCAACUUGGCCGUGUCGGCGGGCACCACCUACCCGGCAAAGGCCUCCCUCACCGCCCGCACCCCCAACACGGGGGGCUUCGGCUUCCUGUCCAUCGAGAGGCUCAACCUCCGGGACCCCCGCCCCGGGGAGACCCUCAGCCUGGAGCUAAGGGCCGUCAGCGCGGACCCCUCCGCCUUCCGACACUUCUACUACAUGGUCCUGCACAAGGGCCAGAUCGUGUCCGUGAACCGCGUGGCCCGGGCCCCCGUGACCUCGGUCUCCGUCCUGGUCACGGAGGAGCUGGCCCCCGCCUUCCGCUUCGUCGCCUUCUACACCCAGCAGGGCCGCGCCGUGGCCAACUCCAUCCACGUGACCGUGGAGGGAACCUGUCUGGGCCUGCUGGAGCUGGGGCUGGAGAGCUCCGGGACCCUGCGGCCCAGCGACAAGCUGCGGCUCAAAGUGCGCACGGACGGGAAGGCCACGGUGGCCCUGUCCGCCACCGACACCGCCGUCUUCGCCGUCAGCCGGAAGGCCCAGAGACAAGCGCGCCUCGACAUGGCCAAGGUCUUCGACGCCAUAAACAGCUACGACCUGGGCUGCGGGCCGGGGGGCGGACAAGACACCAUCAACGUCUUCCAGGCGGCCGGACUGGCCUUCUCCUACGGCAACAACUACAGCCCCCAAAGGAGCAGUUUGAAGUGCCCCACUGAGGAAGAGGAGGAGAAGAGGAGGGUCCGGAGGAGCGCCGAGAUGAGGAAGAAGAUGCAGGACCUGAUGGAUCGAUACACCACGCGGGAGGCCCAGCGUUGCUGCAAGGACGGGAUGACCUCGCUGCCCAUGAAGCGAAAAUGCGAGGAGCGGGCAGCCCGCGUCCCCUCGCCCGCCUGCCGCCAGCCCUUCCUCGACUGCUGUCGCUUCGCCGUCCAGCUGAGCAAGGCCCAGGGCCACCGGAGUAGCCACGGGCUGGCCCGAGCCCAGAACGCCUGGCAGCAGGAGGAAGAGCUGGUCAACGAAGAUGACAUCUACCUCCGGAGCUACUUCCCGGAAAACUGGAUGUGGGAACUGAUGGACGUCAACGGCGUCAAACGGAAGGAUUUUCCCGUCCCCGACUCCAUCACCACCUGGGAGAUCCGGGCGGUGAGUCUGUCCCCACAGAAAGGGCUGUGCGUGGCGCCCCCCGUCCAGGCCCGGGUGUUCAACGAGUUCCACUUGCACGUCAGCCUGCCCCGCUCCGUGCACCGCUUCGAGCAGCUGGAGUUGCGGCCCGUCCUCUACAACUACCUGGACCGAGACCUGCCCGUCGGCGUGUCCGUGUCCCCGACGGAGGGGCUGUGCCUGGCGGGGGGCGGAGGUCGCGAGCAGCAGCUGACGGUGCCCGCGCACUCGGCCCUGCCCGUGGCCUUCGCCGCCGUGCCCACGGCGGCCGGGAACCUGCAGCUGCGAGUGCUGGCCCGAGGGCCGCAGGAGCUGGGCAUCGGCGACGUGGUCGCCAAGAUCCUCCGCGUCACGAGGGAAGGAGCUGUCCACACUGAGGAACUGACCUACGAGCUCAACCCCAGGGACCCCCGGGGCCGCACCCUGGAAAUCCCCGGAGACUUCCCACCCAACGUCAUCCCCGACGGGGACUUCAGCUCCAACGUCCGAGUCACAGCCACGGCCCCGCUGGAGACGUUCGGCGAGGGCGGGGCUCUGUCCCCCGGGGGUCUGGGGUCUCUGAUGCGGGUGCCGCAGGGCUGCGGGGAGCAGACCAUGAUCCUGCUGUCCCCCACGCUGGCUGCCACCCGCUACCUGGACCGCACCGAGCAGUGGGGGGCCCUGCCCCCCGAAGCCAAGGACCGCUCCGUGGACCUCAUCCGGCAAGGCUACGAGCGGAUCCUGCAGUUCCGGAAACCCAACGGUUCCUACGGGGCCUGGCUCCACCGCGACAGCAGCACCUGGCUGUCGGCCUUCGUGCUGAAGGUGCUGAGCGAGGCCCGGGAGCAGGUGGGCGGCUCGGCCCGGGGCCUGCGGGAGACGGCUCAGUGGCUACUGAGCCAGCAGCAGGGGGACGGCUCCUUCCAGGACCCCUGCCCCGUCAUCCACCGGGAGAUGCAGGGCGGCCAGACGGGCCCGGACCACAGCACGGCCCUCACGGCCUUCGUGACGGUGGCCCUCCACUACUCGCUCACGGCCUUUCAGCCCAGGGAGCCCGAUGACCGGGAUGAACAGCAGAAGCAGGAACUGCUGCAGAGAGUGAAAGCUGCGAUCGUGCUGGCGGACUCCUACCUGUCUGACCAAGUGACCCUGGGGCUGCUGGACUCCUACGCCACGGCCCUCUCCGCCUACACUCUGUCCCUGACCAAGGCCCCUGAGAGCACCCGAAACAGGGCCCACCUCAGCCUGAUGGCCAUGGCCCAGAAGCAGGAGGACGCCUUGUUCUGGAGCCAGGGCCUCAGCUCCAAGGACCAGCCCCCGGGCCCGGAGGCCGCCCUGGCCCCCGCCUUUGCCGUGGAGACCACAGGCUACGGGCUGUUGCACCUCCUGCUGCACGAAGGCUCCCAAGAAGAGGCCGGGCAGGCGGCCCGCUGGCUCACCAAGCACGCGGGCUUCGGGGGGCAUUUCCGCAGCACUCAGGACACGGUGGUGGCCCUGAGCGCCCUGGCCGAGUACUGGAUCCGGUCCCACAGCCCCGAGGAGACCCGGCUGAACGUGACGCUGAGCUCCCAGGGCCGACAGGGCCCCAAGAAGCACGUGCUCCACCUGAGCAGCUCUCACAGCCCCGGCAAGGAAGAGGAACUUCAGUUCUCUCUAGGUAACGACAUCCGCGUCGAGGUGGGAGGCAACGGAAAAGGGAUGUUAAAGAUCCUGCGCCAGUUCCACGUCCUGGAGGAGAAGAACAGCACCUGCCUCGAUCUCAAGAUGGAGGUGACGGUCACCGGCUACGUCCAGUACUCGCAGGACGCGGACGACGACUACGCCUACUACGAGGAGGAGGCGGGCGAGGUGAAGCCCGCGCCGGCCGACGACCCGUCGGUGCCGGGGCCCGAGCCGUCGGUGACGCCGCUGGGGCUGUUCGAGGCUCGGCGGAGGCGACGGCGGAGGGAGGCUCCGGGCCUGGGCGACGGCGGGGGCGGCCAAGACGACCCCCAGGUCCUGUACAACGUCUGUAUCUGGCGGGAGGGCAGAGCGCAGCUGUCGGGAAUGGCCAUCGCCGACAUCACCCUGCUCAGUGGCUUCCACGCCCAGGAAUCUGACUUGGAAAAGCUGAAGGGCCUCUCUGACCGCUACGUGAGCGAGUACGAGACGCACGGACCCCACGUCCUGCUCUACUUCGAUCAGGUGUCCAGGACCAAGGAGUGCGUGGCUUUCCGCGCGGUUCAGGAGGUGCCCGUUGGGCUGGUGCAGCCGGCCAGCGCCGUCCUCUACGACUACUACGAGCCCGCCCGCAAAUGUUCCGUGUUCUACUCGGCUCCGACCCAGAGCAAGCUGCUGUCCGCCCUGUGUGCCGGCAGCGUGUGCCAGUGUGCCGAGGGGAAGUGUCCUCGGGCCCGCCGGCCCCUGCAGCGCGAGGAGGAUGACGAGGACGGCUACCGGAUGCGAUUCGCCUGUUACAGCCCCCGCGUGCAAUAUGGGUUCCUGGUCCAAGUCCUCCGAGCCGAGAGCAAAGCCGCCUUCCGCCUCUACGAGGCCAAGAUCACCCAAGUCCUGCAUUACACCGAGGACCACCAAGCAGCAGAGAACCAGACCCGCUCCUUCCUGGUGCGGUCAUCCUGCCGCCUGCAGCUGGAGCCCGGCAAGGGCUACCUCAUCAUGGGGCCCGACGGCCUCACCAAGGACCAGCACCACAACCCCCAGUACCUGCUGGACUCCGAGACCUGGAUCGAAGAGCUCCCUGCCCCCCGCCUCUGCCAGGCUACCCGGCACCGCGAGACCUGCGCCCGCCUCCACGACUUCCUUGAGGAAUAUGGCUCCCAGGGCUGUCAGGUCUAGUGCCCGCGGCCUGCCCUCUGACCGCUUCCUGCCCACCCGCCUCUCUGCCCACCAUAUGUCCUGUGUUCUACACCUUCCUCUGAGCCUCCUGACCUCUGACCUGUCUAUGAUCC